AUGGCUACGACAACAAUAACGGUCGAGGAAGACGACUCAACCUCAAUAUCAGCGGAUGGGUAUCCGCACAUCAUCGACGAGAUCUUCGGUUACGCUCCGAGAUCGACACUACUCGCCCUCCGAGGAGUCUGCAAGGCCUGGAGAGACCGCGUCGAUCUCCUGAUGGCCGGUCACAUCGUGCUUGCCGUCUACUCUCCCGUCGAGAUCUCCGGUCGGGGCGGAGUACGGAUCCCAGGCUUGAAGAACAGGCGGAACUACGCUCGUGUCCUCUCCGGAACCCGAGUGGUUGAUCUGCUCGGACCGCAAAGUCUCUCGCCAGAUCGCGUCAAAGCGCUCCGGAGCCAGCUGAAUGACGUCUCGGUCGUCCGACAUCGACACCACCCCGCCGGCCGACUACCGAACAACGCCCUCGUUGGCGCGCGGACGCUUGUGACGUUCACAACAGUGACGGAGAAAUACGAAGGCGGGACCUUCACUGGUGCCGCGGCGGUUGGUCCUCUGCCAGAAGCGUGUGAGCGCUUCGUCCUGAACGUCAAGUUCGACCCCGGCCGUUCCUGGCUCAGCACAGCGAGCGUGCAGCCGUUCCAGACGCCUGCCCAGCUGAAGAGCGUCACGCUGAUCUUGACGCCAAUAGCGACACACAAGGAGGACGAGAAUGACCACUGGGUUGGCAACUUUGUCGACUCUUCCCGGACAAAGGUGAUGGGCAUGCUCAACUCCUUCGUGCUCAACAUGACUCUCAACAUUCCCCGGUUGCGAUACACUAUCGUGGAUGCCGAGCAGCUGCGGCCAGCGUGGCUCGGGUUUGCGCCCGAGGACAUGCAGGCGCUCGAGGAGGCUUGGCUCGACAACUUUGGAGUCAUUCCGGCACGCGAGGAGGUGCUUGUCGCCGAGAUCAGGCGGCAGGUGAAGCAGGGCCUGAAGAAGUGGAACCAGGUCGACGAUGAGACGGCUGAGAAGCAGGUGGAGGAGCACGUGCGGUUCCUCACUCGGGAUCAGUAUCGGGACGAAGUUGGAGAGGAGGAGUAUCUGCUCGAGACGGUGGAGUGA